UAAGCGAACACCGGACGUGGAAGGGGACGAGUGGUGGCACGGUGUAUUCCCGUGGCUUUGCCCAUUGCCUCUUUCGCUCGUCUUCCGUCCCGAAUCGCUCCGCCCUCUCGAAGCCUCGACCAGUCUGGCUCCCUCCAUGGCAGGAAUCUUAGCUCGGCAAACCCUCCAAGCUCUUCGGGCCAGGCAAUCGGUUCAACCAGGACAAUCUGCAUUGGUUUUACAGAACCAUUGGCAAGCAUUCAGCUCACAACCAUCAUCUAGGAGAUUUAAAGAGGAUGAGGAGAGGGAGCAACUUGCCAAGGAGAUUGCAAAGGACUGGAAUGCAGUUUUUGAGCAAAGUAUAAAUACAUUAUUUCUGACUGAAAUGGUGCGUGGCUUGAUGCUGACACUGAAAUAUUUCUUUGAGAAGAAAGUAACUAUAAAUUAUCCCUUUGAGAAGGGGCCUUUGAGCCCCCGUUUUCGUGGAGAGCAUGCUCUCCGGCGUUAUCCAACUGGAGAGGAGCGGUGCAUUGCUUGUAAGCUUUGUGAAGCUAUAUGCCCAGCGCAAGCAAUCACAAUUGAAGCAGAGGAACGAGAAGAUGGCAGCCGUCGUACUACGAGGUAUGAUAUUGACAUGACAAAAUGCAUCUACUGUGGGUUCUGCCAAGAGGCUUGCCCUGUAGAUGCAAUCGUUGAAGGUCCAAACUUUGAAUUUGCUACUGAAACUCAUGAGGAGUUGCUGUAUGACAAGGAGAAACUGCUGGAAAAUGGAGACCGAUGGGAAACAGAGAUUGCUGAGAAUCUCAAAUCUGAGAGCCUUUAUCGCUGAUUUCUUCUUCUUGUGAAGAAGUGAGAUAGCUAAGAAGUCUUUUUGUUUUUAGAAUUCCAAAAAUAAGAAAGAAACCUCUAUUCGUGCAGCCUGCAUUUAACUUCAUCAUGUGUUUAAGUAGUAACAGUUCCAGAGAUACUUAAAAGGAGAAUAUCUACUUUGUCCAUAACAAUUGCAUUUAAUGGAGUGAAUCAAAAACAUACAAUUUCACCUUCAUCUUGUGUUUAAGCAGUCAACAGUUUCAGAUAUAU